UUUGCGACGCACGUUUCCCGCGCUUUAGUUAUCACCUGAUUUUCACUGUUUGUCUUCUCCUGCCGUUUGCCCAACCGACCCUCCGACUCGCUCGCCGACUGACUACCGGACUGACUGACAACUGAUUUGCGGACGGAUUGGUGAAGAUAAGGGACGCAAUGUCGACUGUGACGCGACGCCGACAUCGAAGAGAGCGCGUGUUCGUCCAGUACGCUGUUGUGAUGAUGGGACGGCAGCGUGUGUUCCGUGACCGCUUGAACCCUUUGGAGGAGUUCGAUGAGGACGAACUGCAGGAGCGCUUUCGAUUCGGUCGCGCGGGCAUUGUGUUCCUCGCCGACACACUGCGCCCGGACUUGGAGCGGCCGACGCGUCGCAGCCGCGCCCUCUCUGCAGAGCAGCAGGUCAUUGUCGCCUUACAGUUCUACGCCACGGGGAACUUCCUCAUCACCGCAGGGGACUACAUCCGUGUGCACGUCUCCACUGCUUCGCGGACUGUGAGGCGGGUGACUCAGGCCUUGGCACGUCGUGCCCAAGACUUCAUAGGGUGGCCAGGUGAAGCUGAGGGUCAUGCCUUACAACAGGCCUUCUUUGAGAUCGGCAAGCUGGCCGAUGGCGUUUACGAGGGCCUACUGCUUGGAGACAGCGGCUACACCUGCAAGCCAUGGCUGAUGACGCCCUUCCUGUCUCCGUCAUCAGCAGCGGAGGUCGCCUACAAUGCGUUACAUAGCACAACGAGGAGCAUCGUGGAACGGUAA